AUGGGACCACCACGCAGAAAGAUGCUGGCCACAGCAGAGGAGACAUUGACCCCUCCCGACGACCUAUCCGACACCCAGCAGAUCGUGCGAGCAAUCAAGGCGACCGGAAACAACAUCUACCUGGUGGAACAAGCAGACAAGAAGCAGAUGCUCGUUGAACUGCCCGCGAGAUUCCGCUCGACCAUUUGGAUCAAGCGCAGCUCCUAUGUCGUGGUGGAUAGCAAGGGCCAGGAGGAGCGAGACAAUAAGAUUUGCGGGGAGAUCGUCAAUGUUGUUCGGGACGAGAAGGCCUGGAGAAAGGCACCUUUCUGGCCCAAAGAAUUCGUGAAACAGCAGGUUGUGCUUGCCGGCUCAGAUGACGAGGAAGAGGAACAGUCUCGCGUGGGCCAAAUGCCUUCUUCGGACGAGUCAGACUGA